AUGGCAAAAAUGAGCCUCUCUUCCUACGUAUUAUUACUAACUUUUGCUCUGUUUUCUCAAGGUAUUUUGCUUUCGGCUUCCAAGUCCAUAAGAAAUUUAGAAGAUGACAUGGUACUUAAUACAUUUAGGAUGGGAAAAGCCUUUCAGAAGGAAGAUACCGCAGAAAAAUCAGUCAUUGCUCCUUCCCUGGAACAAUAUAAAAAUGAUGAGACCAUUUUCAUGAAUGAGGAAGAAAACAAAAAUUCAAGAAACACAGGCUCCAAACAUAAUUUCUUAAAUCAUGGUCUGCCACUGCAUCUGGCUCUAAAGCCUUAUCUUGCACUAAAAGGAUCGGUAGCCUUUCCAGCUGAGAAUGGAGUUCAGAAUACUGAAUCAACACAAGACAAGAGAGAAAUUGGGGAUGAGGAAAACUCUGCUAAAUUUCCUAUAGGAAGGAGAGAUUUUGACAGUGAGUAG